AUGUUCAUGGGCAACAUUGUGUCCGAAUGGACAAACCUCGACCGACGUUCUUUUCUCACGAGCGAAACACCCACCAGAAGCCAGCAUCCGAGGAGCACCUCAUCGAUCGAAGACUCCACCGCCCCUUUCUCACCGCAUUCUGGACCCACGCAGAAGAACUCAACGCUUGGGUUAUGGCGGGGCAGCCCGAUUCAUCUUCUCAAUUCUUCAGUCGAAAGGCAGCGAAUAAACCAGAGCCUGGGCGAAGUUUACACCUCCAUGAUGUCCGGCAUUGCCAUCAGGUAUCUUGACUACCAUUGCAACCUGUUUGCCGGCCCAUACAAAUAUUCCUUCGAGCCCGAUCAAUCCGGGAUAACGUCCUCAAAUAAGGACGAUGCCCACCCUGUUACUCUGGCCUUCACGUCACCUUGGAGGAAAACGGGGCCAGGUGUUGCUCAUGGCGCCAACAUACAUGCUAUAACCCCGGAGUCUCUGGCGAGUCAGAUCAACAACGUGACGAUGAUCGGUGUUGCCCGGUUCCUGGACAACUUUGGCCCCUUAUACGGCAAUGUCAUCGACCAGAAGGCACGCAGUCAGAAUGAGCGCACCUUGACCGCCGUUCUGCAAGCCUUCGCACUCCAAUACCUGCCGUCCCGGCAGGCUGAGGGACCACUAGCCCCCUUCUACGAUAGCCUUGACUCAAAUAGCCUAUCCACUGAGUCGCAAUCUGGCCCGGGCGACCGUGGCACAAAUAGCCUACAUAUCUUCACAUCGGCGUGGUACAACGCUCAUUCACAGCUCUUCAGUUCGAUCGAAAACCGUUCCUUUGUCAGGCUGUAUUCGGUCUUUCUUUUUCUAAUGACGAGUGUUCCCGAGGAAGCGACUUCGACCCAAACAUACGAAAAGAGUCCGCUUAAACUCCUGGACGAUGCUCUGCGCCAGAUGGAAGAACUCCAGAAGCUGGUAGAGGACUACUGCGAGCAUCUCGGGCGGCAGUCCAUAUAUCGCUUCCUCCUCCAAUCUUCAGUCGGCAUCAUUCGCUGGUACGCCUAUCUGCGUGACACCAUAGACUCCGUGCUGCAUGAACGGCCCUGUAUGUUAGAGGAUGCGCCUUUAAGAUCGAAAGGCUCCCUACUUGGCGGGCAUGUGCCUCCGCAAUGGCAAGAACCGGCGCUUUUUGACCAGGAAGUACCUCGGAAUUGCCAGAAUGCUGCAGGGGACCUCUUUCGAAUCUUCAGGGGGGUUAUUCACCUGCGGCAGAUGCUGCUAACAGGCCGUGGGACGUUCGACAUGCACGCAACAAGAAAUGCAGUGUCAGUAGCUUUGGGCACGACCGAUGAGUUUACCAUGACAUAUGGUCCUUGGCUCGAUCAAUGCGUCAUCUCCUUCUAUCUUCUUUCUGAGAAAUCGAAGCUGGCUUCAGCAUUCAUGCUUUUAUUCUGGAAGCUGUCCAAGCUACUGCUUGUCGAGCAACUCCACCAAGCAGCCGACAUGCUGCCGGCUAUCGAAAGCCGUCCGAUGCUCGAAAAAGCGCAGUCAUAUCAACAAGCUGCCGUCACUUCGCUCCUCACAAUUGCACAGCGGAUUGUCGACGUAUCUGCAAUGGGCGAAUUCAGACUUAUCAACAGCGUGCAGGCAAAAAUGCACUUCAUCUCCCAUCAUGCAAACACGCUCUUGGUGGUCCUGGCCCUCUCAAAGGCGAUUGAACACACCAUUGACUUGCACGUUUCGGCAGCAGAGCAGAACGACUUGGGCCCGGCUAUUUUCCCGAGUGCCGCCGAGAAUUCAGACUGGAUUGCAAGUAUGAAGCCGUUGCUGACGUGCCUGUUGACCCUCGAUUCGACCGUUUCUGGGACCAUUACAGCGAGAUCGGCAUUACGGAAGCUGAUGCAGCGAUACGGCGACCUACUCAUGGACUGCUGGUCGCAUGAAGAAGUUGAUGACCUUCCGUUAGCAGGUUGCCGACUCGCUGCGACUUGCAACAUUGACCCGUGA